CUCGCAUGAGCGCCUUUCUCUAUCGACUGAUGUGAAUCAAAUCUAGUGGAUCCAAGGACGCAAUUUGCCAAAGCCCUACUCGAAAAUAUGCAGAAAUCAACCCCUCACCCGUUUGACCCGCUGUCGCCUGAUGAAAUUACAUUGGUCGUUCAAGCCGUCAAAAAAGCAUACGCAGGUAAAAAUGUCAUAUUCCGUGUGGUCACCCUUGCGGAACCGCCAAAGGCGGAAAUGGUACCAUUCCUAGAGGCAGAACAUGCCUCAAAGCCAGUAGCUCCGCCCUCACGAACUGCCAUGGUGCAAUUCUACUUGGACGAUUCCUCGGAUUUUCGAGAGAUUCGAGUGGACCUCUCCAGUCGAGAAGUGACAGAGGAGUUGAAGCUUACUGGAAAGCAUUCAUACAUCGACCCGGCAUUGAUGGACGAAUGUGAAGAGGCAUGCCUGAAAGACCCCGAAGUUCAGAAGGCUAUCGCCGCCUUAGAUCUUCCACAAGGUGCCGUUGUCUGUGUCGAGCCUUGGACAUAUGGCACGGAUGGUAUGCACGAUAUGUCCAAGCGUAUUUUGAUGUGCUACUUUUAUAUGCGGUUGAAUAACCAUGGCGAUGCCAAUUAUUACGCAUAUCCCUUGGAUAUUUGCGUGGAGAUGACAGACAAUUUAAAAGUGAUUGGAAUCCUCACCCUUCCGUCCGCUGAGAGUGACCGCAUGAAACCUGCCAGCGAGGGAAUCAAGCCAUUUGAUCGAAGAAAAUUACACGAGUCAAGCGAGUACCAUCCAGACCUUGCUAAGAACCGGCGUAUGACAACCAAGCCGUUCCAUAUUGUUCAGCCCGAGGGUCCUUCAUUCAAAACAGAUGGCAAUUUGAUUACCUGGGAGAAGUGGCGGAUGCGCGUAGGAUUUAAUUAUCGCGAAGGGCUGACUCUCCAUGAUAUUACAUACGAUGGUCGUCGCGUGUUCUACCGCUUGUCUCUUUCGGAGAUGUUCGUUCCUUACGGCGAUAGUCGAGCACCUUAUCCUCGGAAGGCAGCUUUCGACUUGGGAAGUAAUGGUGCUGGGGUGAAUGCUAACAACUUGAAACUUGGAUGUGACUGUCUCGGCUCAAUCAAGUACUUUGAUGGAUACCUGCACACCACGGCUGGUAAUCCUCUUGUCCUUAAAAACGUCAUAUGUUGUCAUGAGGUAGACGACGGGAUCCUAUGGAAGCAUUCAAAUUAUCGGACAGGCAAUGCCGUCGUAACGCGGUCCCGAAUUCUGGUUUUGCAGACAGUUAUCACUGUUGGAAACUAUGAAUAUAUCUUUGCUUUCCAGUUCACGCAAGAUGCGGCCAUCAAUUAUGAAGUGCGGGCAACUGGGAUUCUGUCCACCGUCCCCAUCGAUAUCGGCGAUUCUGUGCCUUAUGGGAUCUCAGUGGCUCCCGGGGUACUCGCCCCUUAUCAUCAACAUCUCUUUUGCCUCCGAAUUGACCCUGCUAUUGACGGACAUGCAAAUUCGCUUCUCGUCGAGGACUCCGUGCCAAUGCCGAUUGACGACCCGAAGGUUCACAAUCCGUUCGAGAUUGGGUACACCACUACAAAGAAUAUUGUCCAGACAGAGACACCCCUCGACACCGAUAUUACUAAAGGCAGGGUAUUCAAAAUCAUCAACGAGAACAUCACCAACUCCGUCACCGGGACCGCGAUUGGAUACAAGCUUGUUCCGCAUUAUUCACAAAUGCUCCUGGCACACCCAUCGUCGAUCCAUGCCAGGCGGUCCGAAUUCUGCUCCCAUCCUAUCUGGGUCACCAAAUACAAUGACAAGGAGCUUUAUGCUGCUGGGGAUCACACUAUGCAGUCUCUCGGGGGCGAAGGAAUUGGAUCGUGGAUCAAAUCGCGUCCUCAUCCUACGAGUGUUCGAAACGAGGACAUUGUUGUUUGGCACACUUUUGGCACGACGCACAAUCCUAGGGUUGAGGAUUGGCCUGUUAUGCCUUGUGAGAAGAUGCUGGUGUCGCUGAAGCCGGUAAACUUCUUCGACAGAAGUCCCGCGCUCGAUGUUGCGAUCAGCACUCAGGACCGCAAUCGCAGUGUCCUUGUUGAUGGCCGUGGAAAAGACUGAUCCUUGCGAGGGAAAGCCCUCAGAGCUUUGAGCAAGCUUAGAUAGGGGACUGUAGAAUGCUUUCCAUGACAGAAUUAGAUACAUGUUUAGCUCCAUAGGAUGCAAGGCA